UUUCUCACACCAUUCGUCCCAACCUCCCCUCGCACCAUGAUCUCCUCGUACAUCUGCCGCCAAUGUCGCGUCCGGCUUCGGAACUCUAUCACGCUUCCCAAGAACCCUCAAUGGCAACCGAGAGCCACUUUCAUCUCCCUGCGGAGCACCAAUGCUACCCCUCGCCCCACACCCGAGCAGACACAGCCUACACAAAGUGCGCAGCCCAGCCCAGCCUCACACACUGAAGGUGAGCUUCACGGGGACUCUCCCACACGCCAUCAGCCAGGCCUCGAGUUAUCUGGCCGUUAUUCUCGCCAAGGCUUAGGAAAUGCAAGUCCAUCCACUGCGUCCCACGAACUUGGGCGCAUAGAUCCAGCGCAUCCGACUGCGUCCUCGUCCACAGCUCCUACCUCCCCGGCCCAUGCGCAAGCCAUCAGCGAAUGUCUGGACAACAGAAAUGUGCACGAUGCUUGGAACAUGUUCCUCAGGGAAUUCAGCUCCCGCGACAGCCCGGCUUUCACCAAUCCAUCGCCAGACGAUAUACCGCUUCUCUACGAAUCAUCAGUCUUCAGCCGUCUCCUGAAUAGUGCCACUCUACAAUUCUGUAACGGGUCUCUUGAGAACAUAAAACCUACGGAAAUCAUCUUCAAAUACGAGCAGUUGGGUAUAGCGAAUGCGAAGAUGUGGGCGAACGCGACCGGUUACAUGACAGACCAGCUGCUAUGGAUGGUGUCCGGCGGGAGCAAGAGCAGGCAAACCUCGGAAGCGCUUCUCUCGGAACUCAUAUCACUAUGGCGCGUGUUUUUUCAGUGCAGAGGGACAGCCCGGGAUCCUCUGGAAUCAAUGAACCCCGACUGGCGGUCUAUACCUGAUGUUCAGUCUUUUACUCAACCUUUCAACGACUCUCAUUUUGGUAGAAGAUUACAGAGAUAUCAUCCAAAGGCUGAGGUGCAUCCGUCUUUGCAGUUUUCUGCCAUUACCAUCUUCAACUUGUUCGAUGAAGUCAACCAGAGCAUCUUUGAAGUCCCCCAAGUCUUGCGAGAGCACGCGAGUCCCUUUAUUAAUCUACUGACCUAUCUACUUGCUCACGCCAACGUUGACAAUGCUCUGCGACACGUAACAGUUUCUCCGCCGUUGAGAUCAAUACCGAGCGAAUUCCGCACCACUCUUGUAGAGCAGAUCACUUCCGCUCCCCAGCACGCUAUGAGAAUCAUCGGAUCGCGGCCACAGCCGGCUAAGGCUUCGGUGGAGACCGCCCCCGACCAAGCAUCUUCCGUGGAGGACACGGACGUAAACAGAGAAGCGUUCUACUUGAAGCGAAUCACGCGCGCCAUCGAGUCUCAAUCACAUGCUGGAACUUUGCAAAGGCUGUGGGAUGAAGUCAAAGGAGCGUACAAAUAUCACGAUAACAUCGAAAUUCCACCUGCUAUCUACAACAUGUUUCUAUCUGGCUUUAUGCAAUUGUUCAAACCAGACAAGACAGCCGAGAUCUGGAAUUUCAUGAUCGCCCGUGGUGUGAAACCCGAUUUGCGCACUUGGAAUGCGAUGCUCAAUGGCUGUGUGAAAGCGCGAGACUUGGAUGGCCUUAAUGGGAUCUGGGAUAGGAUGAGGAGAUCGGGUGUCGAGCCCGACAUAUAUGCUUGGACAACCCGUAUACAUGGUCUGAUCACUCUCAAACAUAUCAAUCUCGGAUUUGCUGCGAUGGAUGAGGUGGGCAAGGGGUGGAUAGCUUCGCAGAGUCCUUUGCAAAAUACGCAUGCCCAGAAAAAGGGGGGCAUAAAGACAUCACGACGAACUUUGCCAAAAGCCAAAACGGGCAAUGAGCCCGCCAAACCGACGGUCGAAUUAAUCAACAGCGCCAUGUCGGCGUUAACCAGCAUACCGGAUCAAGAACUUCGUCACAACCGCAAAGUUGAGUACGUGCAAAAGAUUCUGCGAUGGAGUGGCGCUUUCUCCAUCGCCCCCGAUAUUAUCACAUAUAACAUUAUGAUCAGCAUGUAUCUGCGUGCCAACGACCACGCGACGGCAUUUAAUCUGCUCCGACAAAUGACGAAGAAUGGGGUUCAAAGCGACCUGUCUACUCAUACCAUGCUCCUCAAUGCCGCCUUCAACAGCAACAAGUUCGAUGGUCUUUCGGAAGCCGAGCAAACAGAUCGCGUUAUUCAAAUGUUUGACGACCUUGAAGCUGAUGGUCUCAAGCUGAAUGCCUUCAUAUGCUCGUCCGCCAUCGAUCGCUUACUCAAAUUGUAUGGAAACAUCUCGGCUGUCACAGCCAUCAUGAACUACAUGGCAUCCCGCAGCAUCCCCAUCAGUGCUCAAAUAAACACCUCUGUCAUCACACAUUACUUCCAGCAAACACCUCCUGAUAUUGCGUCUAUCGACAGUCUCGUUGCGCGCAUCUUCGGGCCGGCUGGCUUGCCUGCGGACAAAUACCUUUUCGAUCGCCUCAUCGAAGGCUACGCGGAGAAUCAUGAGAUUGGCAAGAUGAUGAGCGUGUUAACGCGCAUGUCCAGCCACGGAAAGCUACCUGGGUGGCCCGCGCUGACUGCUGUUGUCCGCGCGCUUGCCCAAGCCGAAGAUUGGGACAGGGCUCGAGAAGUAGUCAGGGAUGUGCAGUUGGGUCGAGGUGUCGCCCAGGGGGGUGUCACUGGUUCGCAAAGACAUCGAGAUUUUUUCGUGCGGCUUGUGAAAAGUCUAGGACAUGGUCUAACUGAAUCAUUGGCUGGCGAUUUCUUGGAAGCCCCUAUGGCUCAGCAUGGGCAUGGCGAAGAUGGAGCGGGAAACACCCACAUCCGGACUGAGACUAACAGUGUUCCCGGUAUAAGUACAGAGCGACUGCACUCGCACAACGAGAAACUGGAAUCCGGCGAUUUCAUCUGGCGAAACGCUGCUCCCCACAGCAACUAA